GCAGCGUAGCAUUUUGUUGAUCGCCCCCUUCAAAUACUGCACACAAAGCUAAAUGUCCAUCAAAAACGUAGUACUGCAACUUUCGCGUGGCGUUGUUUCCUUCAAAAUGAAAGUGAAACUAAACCGCUACCUUGUGCUCGGAAAACAGAUUGAAGGGGUCUUACCUUUAGAAUCAUGUGGUUACUUAAGUUAUCAACUUUCUUCUUAUUUAUUAUUGCAGGUGCUCAUUGUGCUAAUCUACUGACAUGGAUGCCUUGUACGUUCAGCGACUAUAUCGUUCUCAUCGAUAACAAGGGUGCACGUGAUGUUCAGCUCCUGCAAAGACCCAGCAUUCUGCAGUUUGGGAAGUUCGGAGACAGUGCCGUUAACCCUCGCGCCGUCACUUUCCUUGUUAAUGACUCCAAACCGAACUUGCAGCGCCAUGUGGGGGACAUUGAAGUGGAUCUUGUGAAUUGUGACAUUCGUAGAUUCAACACAGAUAGUGUGCAUCUGAAGUGGCCGGGCCAGAAGUCCAAUGAGUACAACUCUUGGUUUGCCAUCACUCUGACCCACAGCAAUGGUUUGUUCACCAUCUCUGGUAUCCUCAGACACCCAUCUGAGCCCCCUCCCUCGGGACAGCAGGAUGUCAGCAAUUGGCCUGCAAUUGAGGACACCCAGACCCUCAAUACUAAAGUUGCGAUGAUCAUGAAAACACAAACUCCAAUGGUGACAUCAGGCCUGGGGUUCCAAAAAAAGCUCCACUGCCAGUUUGCUAUCGACCACAAGAAACCAAAUGUGAGCGUGCAGUGGUACCAGCAGUACCAUGGCGAACGACGCAAUCUCUUCAGUCAUGCUACCCACUCUGGGCAAAGGGAGGGAAGGGGAGUUGAACUGAUUAAUCUAGCAGGUGGUGACCUUUCUUACACUCUUCCCUUCACUGAAGUCAAGCACGCGGGGACAUAUGUGUGCUCCGUGUCAGUAUUUCCGCUGUCUUCCACCCUUGAUAUAGGUCUACAAAUUCAAGAGUCUCCCCGUGUAUCCAUCAGUGUUGGUCCCAAGCUUACAUUGCAAGAUGGUGAGAUGGUGAAGGUGGUUUGUGAGGCAGAGAAUUACUACCCUCUGGACGUGCACUUCGCCUGGCACAUGCAUGAACCGGCAUCUUCGAGCCAGAGGGUCGGCGCUCCUCUCCCCAAGGAGCUUAACAAUAUCCUGCUCUCCAGUCACAAAAACAACAUGGACAAGACCUACUCGCUUUCGGCUUUCUUCUACCUCGAGGCUUCGCAGAGACACUCAGGGCGUCAGUUUACGUGCACGGUCUCCCAUCAGUCUUUGCGAAUACCCAUUAAAAAAAGUUUCGUUUUGAUUGUUGAAGAACCUAGCAGCUGGUUGUUUACGCUGACUGUUUGCAGCCUUUUGGUCCUACUACUGUAUGUCUUGUAUGUUUUGCUAAGAUACCUCCACCAAGGUGAGUAUUAUUUGUUGUCUUGUCUGCUACAUCACCAUAAGUCAAUAUAUGUCUAUGAGCUCAAAGACAUUAAAAUGACUCAUUGUUUUUCUCCACAGCUAGAAAAUACUCAUUGCAGAAAAAGCCAUACUGAUUGUACUUCAUGACAGAGAGGAACACACAGCAGCUGGUAAAGCAGUCCCCAUUUUACCAAUGUACCAAUAAAAAAAAUAAUUAGCAUUGGGAGGUUACAGAUACAAAAAAAGAAGGACUUUUUUUCUUACCACUAGAGAGAGCCGCCGUACUACCAGUGGUACCACACUAAGCCUGGUUUUGUUGAUCACUCCAAUGACGUCACACAAGAUACGCUGAAACACAAGAUUUGGUUAAAUCUGGCAUGAUGUCAUACAUGAUGAUGCUUCAAUUGUGAACUUUUUGUUUACAAUACUUUUGAGAUGUAGUUUGCACUGGAAAUGUCUCUUUAACUUGAAGUUGUACAAUCUUCAUAGAAGAAAACAAUACAUAUGCUUUACAUGACACUAAGUACGGCUUUCACUAUCACAAUGAAACAAACAUCUCAAUGAUGGAUGUCAAAAUUAAUUGACAACUUAAUGAUCCUUACAUUUAUCAACAUCUAUUUUGCUAAGAUUGUUUUGAGACUUUGUUUUUGUCUGGAAAUGGUUAAUUCUUAAUUUCAGCCUCUCAACAGUUAAUAUUCUUUCUGUUUUCUGUUCUGUGUAUGUUUAAUCAAAAUAAAACGUUGCCAUAAGACAAA